UAUAAAGAACAUACUCGACUCUUAACUGUCAGCGCAACAAGAAUUGUUCAUUAUGACAGGGUGGUGCAAUUUGGCAGGUUUGAUAUCUAUAACACUGGGGCUUCUAGUUAUUGCAACCGAAGGUCAGACUACACUGUUUGAGAAAAAUAUCUUGAAAAAGCAUAAUGCACUCAGGAAACUACACGAAGAUACACCUUCAAUGACAUGGGAUAGGAAAUUGGCUAAAUCCGCCAUUAAAUGGUGCACGAAUUUAGCCAGUGAAAAUAGGUAUGACGAAAUCAAAGAUUACAACUACGAUAAACCUGGAUUCAGUGAAGAAAUCGGCCAUUUUACACAGCUUGUUUGGGAUGAUUCCAUACGCCUGGGCUGUGGUCUAACCGAAAACAAAUUUGGUAUUUGGUACUCGUACUUCGUCUGCUGUCAUUACGCACCAAUAGGAAACGUUAGAAAUCAGUUUGCAGAACAUGUGCACCCGUUAAAAACAGAUGAUUCGGAUGGUGAGCCAACGCCUGCGAUCAUUCCAGCUAUUACGCCAGCCCUGACUCCCAUCCAAGACAAGCCUGACACUCCAGAAAUGGCUACCAUCCCAGAUAUGCCUGACAUCCCAAAAAUGACUACCAUUCCGGAUCCAACUCUAACAACAUCAGGUUCAACUGUGAAAGCAACAGGUUCCAAAGAAGGGUAUAAAGGCCUAUGUGAAGAACAGUUUCCUCCGCUUCAUGGUUCGAUCCUUCGAAUAUGUAUAACAGGACCACCGGACAACCAGACGGUAAAGGUUAGGUAUUCAUGUAAUACAGGAUAUAGACUUGUUGGAAAUAAAACAAGAUGGUCUAAUCGAGAAUGUGUGUGGAAUAGUCAUCCUCCAUUGUGUGUCGCCAAGGACAAUCAAGGAAUGACUCUAAUUACAGAUAUGUCGCACACAACAGAUGCCGAAAAGCAGACGACCACUGCAAAAAAUACUUCAGCUGAAGCAACCCCAGCUCCAACUAUAGGUGAAGUAACUUCUACUGAUAGUUCCAAAGAUAAAUAUGCAAAUGAUACAACUGGGUGGUCGACGUGGAUAGACAGAGAUGACCCCAGUGGAUUUUGCGACUGCGAGGAGAGAACGUUCCUCGAGUUUGGGUUUGGAGAGGUCAUGCCAUGCAGCGACCCGAUUGGAAUAGAAUGUCGUACUGUAGGAACUCAUAUCCCUUCUUCCAAAACUGGACAAGUGUUUAGAUCGUACGCCGACUGUUCAGUAAAAGGUGGAAUUGUAUGUUUCAACAGUGAUCAGACAGAAGAUUCACAAUGUUUGGAUUAUGAAGUGAGAUAUCUCUGCCCGUGA